AUGCUCGUCGGUGAACUACACGGCCGUGACGUCAGCGUGCCGUACGCCCGCGGACCGACCAAAAACACAGCCGCUGCGCGUUUCGUUUACGGAGUUGUUGCCUUGGGUUUUCCGCCUACGGACACCAUCGGCGGCGGCUCUGAGCGGCGGCGGCACCGUUCACCGGUCGCGCCGUAUAGGCAACGGCCGGCCGGUCGGUCGGCGGCCACACGCACAGCCGUCGCGGAGGACCGGCCGUCGCGUAAAAAGUCCUCGGCGCGCACACCCUAUCCGAACGGCGACCAGAACGCCAACAGGUGCGGACGCGCGCGCACAUGA